AUGUUAUUUAUAUACAUUUUUCUAAUAAUAUUCCAUCGUAUUUCCAGUCAUACAAUUUUAAAAUAUACCAUUGAAGAAAAAUCUCCAAUAAAUACAAUCAUUGCAGAUUUUUCAAAAGAAUUCGAUAUAGAAUCGAAUGGAUUUUAUAAAAUCUAUGAAGUAUUACCAUUAAAUCAUAAUUUAUUUUCAAUUAAUAAUCAAACUGGACAACUGAAAACUCAAUCAAUAAUAGAUCGUGAUCAAAUGUGUUUAAAACAACAAUGUUCAUGUCAAUCAUGUGAAAUUAUUCUUCAACUUGAAAUAAAAGUUCGCGAAAAAAUUCUUUCAAAAAUUCUUGAAAUUAAAAUUAAAGAUCUCAAUGAUCAUUCACCAAGUUUUGAUCAACAAUCAUUGAUACAUACAAUAUAUAUCAAAGAAAAUGUACCUCUAGGCUAUCGAAUAGUUUUACCUAGUGCAAACGAUCCGGAUGAAGGUUUGAAUAGUAUACAAUCAUAUAAACUUAAUGGAAUUAAUUCCGAUGAUUUUGAUAUUGAUUUUUCAUCAUAUGAUAUUCCAUAUUUAAUUGUACGUUCAUCACUUGAUUAUGAACGACAAUCAACAUAUUCUCUAACAUUAAUUGCAUCUGAUCAUGGUCAACCAUCACAUUCAAAUUCAAUUGAAAUUAAUAUUAAAAUUUUAAAUAUUAAUACAUCAAUACCAAUAUUUGUUCAAUCGGUUUAUAAUAUUGAUAUACGGGAAGAUACACUUAUUGGAACAACAAUAUUAAAUAUUGAAGCAAGCAAUGAUAAUAAUAAUGAAAAAAUUUUCUAUGAAAUUUUAACGGAAUCACCAUUUAUUAUUGAUCGAUUAACUGGACAGAUACAAUUGAGUCAAACAUUGGAUUAUGAACGAGAAAAAUCCUAUCGAUUAACGAUUAAAGCAUAUAAUAAUCAAUAUCCAACUUAUGCAAGUAUAUUUAUUCGUGUUAUGGAUGUAAAUGAUAAUCCAGUUUUAAUAACAAUUCGAACGGAAGGAAAUACGACGUUAAAACGAAAAGAAAAUGAUAAAAAUAUAUUUUUUAUUCAAGAAAAUACAUCGAUUGGUACAACAAUUGCAUAUAUUAUUCUCAAUGAUCUAGAUUCAUUUGCAAAUGGGAAUCCUUACCUUCAACUACGAACCAAUGAUCCACCAUUACCAUUAAUCUAUAAAUUAAUCUAUCAAAAUAAAUUUCAAAAUACGAAACUUUAUUCAUUAAUUGUUCAUCAAAAUCUUGAUCGUGAAUUAAGAUCAAUUUAUAAUAAUAUCCAAAUUCUAGCACAUGAUUCCGGUACACCAACAUUACAUACACAAUUAUUUCUUAUAUUAAAUAUAACUGAUGUAAAUGAUUGUGUACCCAAAUUAUUAACAAAAUCUACAAUAUAUAAUAUUAAUGAAAAUAAUCCAAUUGAUUACAUAGUUGAUAAAUUAAUUGCGUAUGAUUGUGAUCUAAAUGAAAAUGCUGAAAUUGAAUAUAAUUUAUUAAAUAAAACUGAUUUAUUAAUAAUUAAUUCACAAACAGGUGAAAUACGUUUAAAUCAAACAAUUGAUUUUGAAUUAUUUAAUAAAUAUCAUGAAAAAAAUCAAACUCAAAUCGAUUUAGAAUUUCUUAUUGAACUUAAAGAUCAUGGACAACCAUCAUUAUCAAAUCAAACAAAAAUUAUUCUUCGUAUACAUGAUCUCAAUGAUAAUUCACCUGUAUUCGAUAAAAAUCAAUCCUACAAUUGGACAUAUUCAAAAACAAUUCUUCAACCAGGUUCAAUUCUCGGCAGAAUCUACGCAACUGAUAACGAUUCAGGUUUACAAGGUCUUGUUCAUUAUUCAAUACAGUCAUUAAAUUCAUGUUUAACUCUUAAUAUAACAUCACUUGGUUAUAUUUAUAUUCCAUAUGGUUUAACAACAAUAUCAACAUGUUUAGAAUCAUUAUAUACAUUUGAAGUAACAGCAUAUGAUUACGAUCCAAUUAAUCCACGUUCAACAAAACAAAUCUUAACAAUAAAUCUUCAUUCAAAUUUCGAAACAAAUCAUAUCCUACCCAAACUUUUACCAUUAUCUAUACAACGAACAACUAUUGAUGUAAAUACACAUAAUAAUAAUGAUAAUAUUAUUUUUCUUAUUGAUAUUACAACUUGGAAUAAUCAUACAUAUGAACCGAAAAUUUAUUUAAAUAAUACAACAUUAUUAUCUUGUUGGAAUUUAAGUACAACAGGUGAACUUCGUCUUAUAUCACAUCCAUAUUCAUUAUCAUAUAUGUUAUCAUUAAAUCUAAUUGAUGAAUAUACACAAAUGAAUUCAUUAAUUAAUCUUCAUAUUGAUAUAUGUAAUAGUUCAAUAUUAAAUUCUUGUCAUUUAUAUUCAUUAUCAGAUAAUCGAACAAUAUUAGUUUAUGCUAUAAGUUUAGCUUUAUGUAUAACAUGUGCUUGUAUAAUUAUAUUUUCAAUAAUUAUUUGUUUAUGUUGUCGAAAACCAAUACAACAUAAAAAUGAUAAAUUAACAUCGAUACAUCAUCAUAGUUUUUUACAAUGUAAUGAUGAUUAUAAUACAAAUGAAAAGAUUGAUCAUACAAGUGAACAAUAUAAAAGUUCAUCGAAUUCAACGAUUCGUGAUGAUGAUCAUGAUUCGGCAUGUAUUGUUAAUGGACAUUCAUUAUCAUCAACUUCGUCAUCAAAUGAUACAUGGUAUAAUCGAAAAGAAUCAACAACAAUUCCAAUGUAUUCAUCAUCAACAUAUCAAUAUGAUAUUAAAUUAGCUGAAUUAUUACGUAAAAAUCAACAUCCACCAUGUAUAUUUUUAAAUGAACUUCCACCAAUUCCACAAUCAUUAAGUACAGAUUAUGGAUUUAGUAGCUUAGAUUUAUCAAAAUCAUCAUCAACAUCAACAAUUCCAAAUCAACAUGUUGAAACAUAUAUUGAUCAAUCACCGACAAUGAAAAGUUUUAUUUCAUCUCGUGAAUGUGUUGUUUAUAUUGGUAUUAUUGGAGCAGUUCGUAACUAUGACGAUUUUUUUCGUCCACAAAUAGGAUUGUCUGGUUAUAAUAUUGUUAUUAGCAUUUUUGGUUUUAUAACUUCCAUCUUAGGUUUAUUUUCUGUUAUGACGGAUUCUCCCAGAAUAGGUAAAAUUGUAGCUAUUAUAUCUUGCAUAUUGGGUGUCUUGGCGCUUGCCUCAUUGGUAACUGCACUUAUUAUAAAUUCAAAAUCAAUAAGUUAUGUAAGCACACGUUUUACAAAUAAUAUGAAUGCAUACAAGAAUAGUGCAGAUUCAAGAUAUAAAAUUGAUAGUUUGCAAAAUAAAUAUAAAUGUUGUGGUACAAAUACAUGGCUUGAUUGGGCAAAUGCUGGACUUAAUGCAACCGGAUGGAAUACAACAAACAGUACAACUACUACAAAUAGUACAACCACUACAACAACAAUGGCAGCAGUAACAAGUGUUACAGCUGCACCAUCGGUUAUGAGUACAACUACUAUUAUGUCUAUGACAGCUGUAGGAAAACGAAAACGACAAGCAACAACAAUGGCAACAACAAUGGCAUCAACAAUAGUAUCAUCAUAUGGUGGUUUCGCAAAUUUACCAGUUACAUAUACUGUUGUCCUUCCUGGUUCUUGUUGUUCAGCUGGAUCAACGAUAACAGCUAUCGGAACAUCUACCUAUUGUUUGUCAAGUUUCAGUGGUCUUGUCAAUCAUUUUUAUACGACCGGGUGUGUAAGAUCAAUUGAUACAGUUGCUGGUAAUCAAGCAAUGGGUUUUGGUGUUAUUAAUAGUUUUCUGGUUGUCUUAGCAUUUAUAGCUAUUCCAUUAAUGUUUCGAUCUCCAUCCGCACAUGUCUAA